AUGUCAGACAUAACAAUCACCAUCAAAUCGUCGGGAGACGCCAAGCACGAAGUAAGCAUCGCUGGCGACGCCACUGUGCUUCAACUCAAAGAGAAAAUUGCAGCAGUCGCCGACGUACCUGCUGAUAGACAGCGGUUGAUUUAUUCUGGUAAAGUGUUGAAAGAUGGUGAAACGAUCUCAUCUUACAAAGUACAAAGCGGACACACGAUCCACCUUGUCAAAAGUGCAGCAAAACCAUCUGCACCGGCUGCAUCUGCUUCGACAGCAUCGAACAAUGAAUCCAACACCGGCGCCGCGGCCGCUGCAUCUACCGGAGCUCCUACCAACAUUGCCCUGGGUCAAGGUGCUUUCAACCCACUCGCAGACUUAACGGGAGCCAGAUACGCUGGGUACACCCAACUACCAUCGGCAUCUAUGUUUGGACCAGAUGGAGGCAUGAAUUCAGGUAUGCCCGAUCCCGAGCAACUCACAGAAAUGAUGUCGAAUCCCAUGUUUCAAGAAAGCAUGAAUGCCAUGUUGUCAAACCCUCAAAUGUUGGACUAUAUGAUAAACCAAAACCCGCAAUUGCGUGCUAUGGGACCACAAGCUAGACAAAUGUUGCAGAGUCCCAUGUUCAGACAAAUGAUGUCCAACCCAGAAAUGAUGAGAUCCAUGAUGGAAAUGAGUCGUAAUGCCGGUCUUGGUGGUGCUGGAGCAAACGCUUUUGCUGCCCCAGGAGCCAAUCCUACUGUGGGUAGCACCGAAGAGUCGUCGGCCAGCUCCGAAACCCCAAGUGCAGGCAACACUGGAGCUGCAGCCAAUCCCUUUGCAUCACUUUUCCCGAACGGCAUGCCACCAAUUGAUCCUAUGGCCCUCUUUGGAGGGGGCGCUGGCUCUGCUCCACAAGAAACCGAUAAUCGUCCGCCAGAGGAACGGUACGAAUCGCAACUCAGGCAAUUGAAUGAUAUGGGAUUUUUUGACUUUGACCAGAACGUAGCAGCAUUGCGCCGGAGCGGCGGGAGCGUGCAAGGAGCCAUUGAGUAUUUGUUACUGCAAUAA